CUUGACUUUGGUUGGAAACCAAAUCGUUGACCCUUGGAUGGUGUGUGGUGAUUUCAAUUGUAUUUGUGCGCCUAAUGAAAGGGUGGGUCCUACCCCCCCUACGGCGUAUCUUAUGCAACACCUUAUGGACUUUAAGGUCUCGGCUAGCCUUCAUGAUGCCCCCUCCACGGGAGAGUUCUUCACUUGGAACAAGGGCACACUAUGGGCUAAACUGGACCGUGUAUUGAUUAAUGAUGUAUGGGCACUAAACAGUGUUGGGUGUAGGGUUCAUUUCCAUGAAAUGGAGGUGGAGUUUGAUCAUAUGGCAUCCGUUGUAUCUAUACUCCUUAAUUCCUCACCCAAACCCAAGCCUUUCAAAUUUUUUAAUAUGUGGUUAAAACACCAUGAUUUUGCUAACAUUUUAGUGCAGCAUUGGAACAUGACUUGUGUUGGGUCGGCCCAAUACCUCCUAGUAAAGAAACUUAAGGGACUGAAAAGGCCCUUAAAACUGCUUAAUGCUACGGAGUUUGGCCACAUUUCCAACAAGGCCAAGAGGGCAAAGGAUGACUUUAAAGCGGCUCAUAGAAUGUUGUUGCUUGACCCGACGAAUGAGGAGCUCAAAGCUAGAGUGGGGGAAACUAGUAGGAAGGCCAUCUUCCUAUGUGAAGCCGAGACUAGUUUUUUCCAACAAAGGGCCAAGGCAACUCACAUCCUUGAAGCGGACAAAGGAACGAAGUACUUCCACGCUAUUGUCAAACGAAACUUGGCAAGGAAUGCAAUCACUUCCCUUACUUUGGAGGAUGGGUCUGGGAGCGAAUCAAGGACUGGUUGGGAAUGGAUCGACGCAUGACUACACUUGCCAGCUCCGUCAAGUGGAUUCUUAAAGAGCACAAGGGAUCAAAGUUGAUGGGCAAAGCUGUUCGUAUUGCUUUCUGUGCCGCGGUGUAUCACCUUUGGCAUGCGAGGAAUGCAAACAGAUUCGAUGAUUGCAACAAGACCGAGGACGAGAUCAUUGCCAGGAUCAAACAUGUGGUGUAUAAGAUCCUUUUCAACAUAUACCCACAUGAGUUGAUCAACUUUUGAUUGAAGAAACCUUCCGUUGGGGCCUGCUUUGGCAUUUUUGCUCUUGAGUUUUAGUGUGUGCAGUUUUGCAACACUUGUUACUUUGCCAUUUUUUGAUGUAUUGCUCAACUGUCUGUGCGUGUAGACUUAUAGCACUUGUUUCUGAUGUUUGAUGUUUGGGGGGCUAAGUAGGCUUCUUACUUGGGUCCCAGCUUGUUUUUGGACUUAGAUCGAACACAAACCUUUCUUCCAACCC